CAGAGAUGGCAGCUUAUGCAGCUCUUGUUUCUGUUUUGACUAUCAUUGACCAGAUCCAAAAUCAUCCUCGCUUUUCGAUUUCCUUCGACAAGAACCAGAUCGAAUCUCUCGGCGAAAAGGUCGGUUUCUUGUUGGAUUUCAUAGAAACUGAUACUCAUGGAGUUAUAAUCGAGCAUGCACGAGUUUUGGAACGUCGAAUUGCUUCUGCAGCCUAUGCGGCUGAAGACGUAAUCGAAUCUCAUGUCGUUGACCAAAUUCAAGCUGCAGGUUCGGUUGAAGGCCAUCGUCUACGGAAAGUAGUGAAAGAUAUCAUGCUUUCAAUGCGCCUAAAGAAGGCUAGAAUGGAGGAAAAUCACGCCAGUUCGAUUUCCAUGCUCGACCUCGAAAAGGUAAUAGAAGACAUGGAUUCUAUCAAGAAAAAGGUUAUGGAGUUCAGAGAUGAAAGUGGAUCCAACGAACAUGAUAUGCAGCCCACAUCUACUACUUCAUCAAGUACACCUCGUAUUACCACCGACAAGAAUACUAUGGUCGGAUUUGACGAGCAGUUGAUUAGUCUUUUGGACAAGCUCACGGGGCAAAGGUCUAACCGGCAAAUCAUUCCAAUCGUUGGCAUGGGCGGCAUUGGUAAGACUACUCUCGCCAAAAAUGCUUACGAACAUUCACUUAUUGCGCACCAUUUUGAUAUUCGUACUUGGGUUACUAUAUCUCAAAAGUAUAAUGUCAAAGAACUUCUCUUACAACUUCUUUCAAUGAUAAGUAGUGAAAUCGACAGUGAACAUGAUGAGCAAUUGUUAGGACAAAAGUUGCACAAAAUACUAUGGGGUCGGAGAUAUUUGAUUGUAAUUGAUGAUAUUUGGGGCAUUGAAGCUUGGGACAAUGUAAAUCUUUUCUUUCCAGAAAACAACAAUGGAAGUAGAAUUGUUGUGACUACAAGGAUAUCGAAUGUGGCUACUCACUUCGACUCCUCGUUGUUUGAGUUGAGUUUUCUAGAUGAGAAUAAAAGUUGGGACCUAUUUUGCAAAAAAACAUUUGGUGAGGCCGGUUGCCCUCUUGAACUGGAGGAUAUUGGAAAGGAGAUUGUUAAGAAAUGCAAAGGACUUCCCCUUUCGAUUACUGUGAUUGGUGGACUUCUUGGAAGGUCUCAUAUGACCCAAAAAUACUGGAAAAAUAUUGCAAAAGAUUUAACCUCCUUUCUCAACUCUGGAGAGGACGAGAAUUGCUCGAAUAUAUUAUCUUUGAGUUACACCUACUUGCCUGCUCAUCUUAAACCAUGUUUUCUCUACAUGGCAAUUUUUCCAGAAGACCAUAAGAUUCUUGUCUCUCGAUUGACCAAACUUUGGGUGGCUGAAGGAUUUAUAAAAUCAAAUGAAUCACAAAGCUCGGAAGAGAUUGCACGAGGUUACAUAAAUGAUCUCAUUGACAGAAAUCUCAUUUUAAAACAUACAAUGGGAUCGAAUGGAAAUGUGAAAAAUUGCGUAAUCCAUGAUCUUGUGAGAGACUUAUGUCUCAUGGUGGCUCAGAAAGAAGAGUUUAUCUGUGUGAUCGAAGACAUUCCACGAGGAACAGAAAGGGGACGUCGUAUUGUAUGUGAUAAAAAAAUUAGACAAGUGAGGUAUCCGUUUAGUGUCUUUCAUACGGUGCGAUUGGCCCCACGUACUAGUACUUGGGUUACAAGCAGAGAUGGUCGUACGUUUCGUGCUCUUCGUCCUUUGCGAUUGGCACCACUUACCCGUACUUGGGUCACAAGCAUAGAUGGUCGAUUGUCUAACAAUAGAUUGCUGAGAGUAAUGUCGUCGAACAGUGAAGCCAAGAAAACAGAUUUACGCAGACAUAUUGUUGAUCACGUUAACAUGCGGUAUCUUGCUUGCACCAAUUUCAAGUUAUCCUCCGCUUUUGUGCUUCCUUCGUCAAUAAACAUUGUCUGGAGUUUGCAAACAAUAAUUAUCAGAGGGAAAAUUGAAGCACCAUCUCAAAUUUGGGAGAUGCGACAACUUAGGCAUGUGGAUAUCUAUAGAUUGUGCCUUCCUAAUUCUCCUUGGAGUUAUGGCCACAAACAGGAUGAGUGUGUUUUGCCAAAUCUCCAGACACUUAAGAAAGUAGUAAACUUCACGUGGAGCAAGGAGGCUUAUAAGAGAGUCGUCAACGUUAGGAAAUUGAACAUAGUGUAUGACGAUGAGUGGGAAUGGUCAAAUAAUAAUGACUAUUGCCUCCACAAUAUUUGCCAGUUGCAUAAACUUGAAUCACUUUCAUGCUUAUCGUAUUGUGGGGAUGAAAGGUUGAGGAAGCUUACAUUCCCAAGUUCGCUCAAGAAGUUGAAAUUAGAUGGUUUCAUGCUUGGUUACGAAGAUUUAACAGUCAUUGGUUCGUUACCCUGUCUCGAAGUUCUAAAAUUGAGAAAUAAUUCGAUCAUAGCACGUGAGUGGAAUCCUGUCGACGGGGAAUUCCUACGCCUAAAAUCCCUCUUAAUAUAUGGGAGUGGUUUGGUUAAUUGGAAUGCCGACACCUCCAAUUUUCCAGUUCUGGAGAAACUUGUUCUUGAAUAUAUGGACAAAUUGGACGGAAUCCCUUUAGAUAUUGGAGAAAUACCAACGCUUCGACAUAUUGAAUUGAAUGUGUGCAAUGAGUCUGCGAUUAUAUCGGCUAUGAAAAUAGCGGAAGAACAAGAGGAUGCUGGCAAUGACAUACUUCAAGUUCGAGUUGAGUUCCGUUUUGAGUACGAAUUACAGCUCUUUCAAGAAAAGAUGAAACAAUCAGCCGAUCACAGCUUCACACGAAAUAAUUUUCAAGUCGUUGCUAGAAAUAUGGUCCCAUUGGCUCAUAAUAUAGUUGAAGAGUAUGAGCAAUAUUAAAGUCAUCUAUAUCUAUAUAUAUUCUAUACCCCUCUCUAUUCAUACAUUAUAUAUAUAUAUAUAUUAAGUAUAUAUAUAUCUCUAUGGCCCCCAAAUCCCGCCCCCCUAUUUAUUUUCACUUUUUUUUUUGCCACUUCUGCUCUAAAACGGCGUCGUUUCAUCAAUACCGCCCAAUCACGUUGCACAAUUCUUUUCUUUUCCCUUUUCUUCUCGCGGAUGCACGAUCGACCUCUGUGCUUCUCUUUUCCUUUUUUUUUUUUUUUUUUUUUUUUUUUUAAUUCUGCCCUCCGCCGCAAUCGAGGACUUCUUCUCUGUAAUUCUCUCCAGGUGUUGAACGGCGUGCAUCCAGGUGUUGAACGGUGGUGCACGGGGCUACAAUUGCUGACUCUGACCGCCGCCCUCCCCUGCCGCCCUCAAUCAGGUCUUCCGCCGCCGCCGCCGCCGCUUCGUUCGACGCCACCGCCCCAGCUGUCAGCGUCACUUCCCACCUCAUUCUUCGUCCAAUUGCAGACCGCUCCCCGUUUUCGAUCACAUCCGACUUGGAUUACUCAGGAAUUGUCGGUGCCCACCCCUUUCCUCCAACUCAAUCUCAGUCAUGGUACUGAUCCUAAAUAACCUAUUUAAUUUAAUUUACUUUAUUCGUGUGAUACACGACGAUAAUUACGAGCAUGUCGAUCCGGUUUGUUGUUCUUGAUUAUUAUUAGGUGAGGAAAGAGAAGAUGGGAGACAGAAUAACUGCACUUCAACAAUUAGUCUCACCUUUUGGAAAGACCGAUACGGCUUCUGUGCUUUCGGAUGCUAUCGAAUACAUCAAAUUUCUCCACGAACAAAUCAGCGUGUUUCCUUUGGGGAUUCUUCGUGUUAGCUCUUCCGUGUUCUACAACACCGUGCCUCAUUCGUGUACGCCGCUGGAUUGUACUGGUUAUUUGAUCUGCUCUUAUUAUGAGGCAUGCGGUUGUACGUCUACGGUCGUUGCUGUCUAUUUCGUUACGAUGUGAUACUGCUCGGACCAUUGCCUACACUUCUUCUACAGUAUUUUCCCGCGGGAAUAUAUAUAUUUUGUCGGCUACGGACAACCUCCGUUACCAUUGCUCUGAUGUGUGUUUCCUCUACCAUAUAUAUGUUCUCUUUUUGUGGAAAUGAUACCAAAGGCCAUGUCUUUAAUAACACUUUCCUUACAGCUGCCUGUUGUCGGUGCACCACAUGUUCUGUUACCACACUUUUUGCUUUUGAAAAAAUGAUGUCCCUCUACGGGUUGCCUUAAAUAGGCGUGACCUUCCACAGAAGUGCAUUGCUCGUGUUUUUUGAAAAUUGUACUCCUCAUAAGAAGAUCUUGGCACACUGCUUUUACUAUUAUACUCUUGGGAAAAAGUGAACUGAUUUUUUUAUUCGUUCAUGUUACCACAGGUAUUUUUCUACUCUAUAAUGUACCGCUGUAUGUAUACAAAUUUUCUUGUAUGCAACAAUUUGUCUCAUUAUUUUGUAAUAUUUUUUUUUCCUAACUGAAGUAAUAUGCAUUUUUUUUCUCUGUUGCAGUUGUAAAUAUUUUGCCUUCCACAUUCCUAGGCUUAUGAAAGUGACUAUUAUUGAUUA